ACAACAUCCUUCCGCUCCACAGUCAAUGGCCAAGCUUUUCACCCUGCAUCCCCCGCACCGCCAUAACAUAUUGAACAUACGUCCGAAAUGCCGUUUACCCAGUGCUUCCUCGUCGCACAAUCCAUUAGCCUCGACAGGACGAUAAAUUCACCGGGAUCAUCACCAACGACAUCGUCCGCUUUCGCUGCAUUGAGACGAGUAGAAUUAGUUCUGAACACUGGCCGCAGAGGCCCAUUCUCGGUGAUCAAUUACCGCAGCUCGAUAUCGGCUUUCGGCAUGAAUACGAACCCGAGUUCGCUGAUUUGCAUUUCCACCCGGACACCCUUCGCACACAGGACGCAUUGCUCACCAACGCGAGCUCCAAAUCCACCAAAGGCAUCCCAAACCGGAACGUCUCGCCAGGAAGCUACCAGAUUCCACUAUCAACCUCCUUGCGUAUACUCAUCGAUGAUGCUCCAUAUAUGCAGCGCGCAAAGACUAGAAGUGGGAUUGCCUACUGAAAGCCUCGAUUUUGGUAACGGGUGGUGUUGGUGCGGGUUUCUGAUCUCUCGAGCGGAUGCGCAUUUCAGCGAAAAUUGUGCCCCGAACUGCCUAGCUGGUAGAUGAGCGCUGACCUCCAAACGCAUCUGCACUAUUUGUCUUUGUUUUGGGGAAGUUUGUGCGAUACGGAGCGCGUUGAUCCAGCACCACAGGUCCCUCGACCUGUGACGAACAAGUCUAUGGUGUCUCAAAAGGAGCCUGGGAGUGAUAUGUCCAGAACGCGAGGUGCGCUGUGUUGUUCUGAUUUACUUUUGUCACUGGUCCGUAUUCUGAAUUUUCCCCUGUACCUCCUGGAGAUA